AUGAGAGCACGAGGAGCCAACGGAACAACCGUAGAGAAUGUCAGUCAACAGUUGGACGACAACCAAAGCCACUUCCAACAGUUCCUCAUUCUUGGGGGAGAGCUGGGGCUCAAAUACUUCUACACGGAGCUCUCGGUUUUCCUCCUGGUGAUCUACCUCCUCAUAGUCAUUGGUAACAGCGUGGUUUUCAUUGCGGUGGUGCUGGAGACCAAGCUGCACACGCCCAUGUACAUUUUCCUCGGCAAUCUCUCCGUAACAGACAUCGUUAUUACGACCAGCGUUCUCCCCAAGUUCAUAUCCGUGGGCUUCCUGAAUGACAUCGCCAUUUCCUACUCGGGGUGCUUCCUGCAGCUGAUCACUUAUUUGGGAUUUCAGGCCUCAGAGGGCGUUUUGCUCGCUGUCAUGGCUUAUGACCGCUACGUGGCCAUUUGCAAUCCUCUGCGCUACAACGAUAUCAUCACUCCCCGGGUGUGUGCUCUGCUUGCGGUCUCUACUUGCAUUACAGGAAUUUUAAUACCCCUUCCAAUCGUAAUCCUAUCAGGAAUGUUACCGUACUGUGGGAACCACAUCAUGUUCUGGUUUUGUGAUUUCCCUCCUGUCAUCGCACUGUCCUGUUCGGACACAACCCCCCUGCUCUUCCUAGCUCUCGCGAAUGCUGUAGCGGUAAUGGGCGUCACUGGAAUUGUCAUUAUUUGGACAUACAGUCGAAUAAUUUUCACAGUUUGUAAAAUUAAAUCUGAAGACGGCCGUAAAAAAGCCUUCUCCACCUGCUCCUCCCAUCUCAGCAUUGUAAUCAUGUUCUAUUCUGCACACCUGUGCGUCUACAUUAGUUCCACCGUAAGAAAUGUUAAUCCGAACGUUCUCAUCUUGAUCUCCAUCAUGAACUGUUUACUGACUCCGUUUGCGAACCCCAUCAUUUACAGCUUGAGAAACAAAGAGCUGAAGACCGCUAUUCAAAAACACUUCAACAUCAGACAGGUUUUCUCUCGUUUACAUCCCCUGUAAAUUCUCCAGUGAGUGUUUUCUUUGUUCUUUCAUGUUUACAUGCAUGCUGUGAAACACAUCUGGUCGUGUUUUAUUUCAUUUAUGACAUGUUUAUUUUUAUCACCAUGUAGUAGUGUUUUCAGCUACGUAUCAUUAUUGUUAUUAUUAUUAUUAUUAUUAUUAUUAUUAUUAUUAUUAUUAUUAUUAAUUGUUGUUGUUGUUCUUGUUUUUCUUGUUGUUCUUGCAGAUGUACUGGAAAAUGCAAAAACUGAAAAAAAAGCUAAAAAAGCUAGCCAGUCUUGAUGACUAAUAUAGAUCCUGGCUGUUGUUCACUGCAUAGGUAGUGCUUAUGGGGAGCUGGUAUCUGAACUGCCUGGCUGAAAUGACAAUUUUGUUAAUGGUGACACAUCGGUGAAAAACUGGGAAAAUCUACCAAGCCGAGCCAACAUUUAAAGUCAUGGAUGGGACUGUAGUUUAUUUAUUGAGGCAGAUAUUGGGUGACUGCUCAUGUUUUUUUCUUCUUCUUCUUCUUCUUCUUCUUCUUCUUCUUCUUUCGCAAUCAAAGAGAGCGUCUCUGUAUUUUUGGUCGAAUACUGGGGAGGGCAAUGCAUUCUUUUUUUUCCCCAAAAAAACUAUCCAUAGCAUGCAAUUUUCUGUUACAAUGCUUCACCCACUACUGGUACCGCAUCACUUGUUCUCUGGCUUAUCACUGGAUUUUAUUCCCAGUUGGAAAUGGGACUUUUUAAAUGCUUAAGACAAAUGUUUCAUUGUAGGAGACUUGACCUGGUUUUAUUCUGAUAUGCCAGGGAACGUGCUUACUACCAAUCAGUAUGGUCGUCCAUUAAAGUCAUCAUCAAAUGGUAACUUCAGACUCCUGUUCAAUCUAUUUCCUUUGUGAACUGUUUAAACAUCAGCUGUCCAUAGAUGACAAAGUGUUUCAAUAUCUUUCAUAUCUUCAUAAUAUCUAUUAUUUCAAUAAUAAUAAUAAUAAUACAUUAAAAUACA